AUGCUUCCCAAAAUGUCAGUAUCUGUACAGGUAAAGGGCGCGUAUGGACUUACUGGCGAGGUACGUGAAGAACACCGCCUCGGAAAAGACGGCCUGUCCGAUCCAGAGCACGAUAAGAAGAAACUGCGGCGUGAAGAAGCUCCUCGUCGUCGCCCGGAUCUCGAACCACGGGUUCUCCACAAUCUUCAAGCUGACCUUCUUCCCGUCCUGUCUCUCCACCUUCUCCGGCUUGUUCAGGAACAGCCCGACAAACGGACCCGCGGCCUGGAUGGCGAUGAAGACGAUGAAGACGGUGUAAGACACCUUCCCUGCCUGGUUGUUGUCCGCGUUGAGGCCGAGGUUGAUCGCGCCGCCGAGGAUCUGGCCGCAGAGGCGGUACGUCAGCCAGUACCCCAGCGCCUUGCCCUUGUUCCACGGCUCGGGGUACGCGAUGGCGAUUGCGGCCUCGGCCAUCCAGAAGACGCCGGCCGAGAUGCCGCAUAG